UGUACACAGGACAAGUCCCCACUUCACCAGCUCUACAGCGGCCAUGAAGUCUCUUUUGCUUCUUGUCUGUCUUCUCAUCCCUGAGGUGAACGCCAUGGAAAUAUUUGCCGCCAGCGGAGAGACGAUUGUUCUUCCCAUGUACACGAGACUGGAGCACACAAGUGGGCAGAUAUGUAAUAAAUAUGAAUGGAUUUUUAUGGGACGAUAUGAAAAAUACAAAAAAAAACUGGGAAGUGUCGAUGAUCUUUGUCAGAGAAUUGAAUGGACCAAUAAGACGAGACCUCACUGCUCCCUGUCCAGGAAUGGAAGCCUGCAGCUGUACGAAGUGAGGGUGCACGACUCUGGACAAUACACAGUCACCACCUAUCACCUCAGCCAAGUGAAAAAAACACAAGACGUCUUCAACCUCCAAGUCCUGGAUGCCGUCUCACAGCCGGUCGUCCGCCUCACUUGUCCCAAAGAUGAUGAUCAGCCUGUCUUCUCCUGCUUGGCUGCAAAUGGAACGAGCAUUUUAACCUCCAUAACAGUAAAUGGAGAAUUGUUACGGGAAAAAACUGGAGCUGAAGGGGACAGAGACCUCUUCAAAGUGUCCUCCUCGGCCCCCUGGAACGUCAGCUGCUCCGUCACCAACAUAGUCAGUCAGAAAACCAUCAACGUCCAGUACAACAUGUGUCCGGUGCCCCUCUCGGAUCCCUGUCUGGAAACGUUCUGCUUCCCGGAUGGAUCAGUAAAUAUCUCCUGUUGGACAGAAAAUGGCUCCGAACCUUUGUUCUCCUGGUUUGUAGAUGGGAAUCCUGUACAAUCUACAUCAUCAUGGAACGUUCAGGAGAACCUGAUGUCUGGAUCUGCCACCAUUGCCAUGAACGUCAGCUGCUCGGUCAGAAACCCAGUCAGCACAGUCCACAGUCCGGUGACCACAGUCUUCUGCCCAGUUGACGCUCCUCACCGGAUUUUCCAUGUUUUCCCUAAGAUCCUGCUCUACGUCAUGUACAACGCUUUACUGGUAAAUGUUAUCAUCAUGAUCCGUAAUAACAAAUCAUGAGGAUGAGGAGAAGAGGAGGAAGAAGAAGAGGAGAAAGAAGAAGAAGAAGAGGAGGAAGAAGAGGAAAAAUACGCCUCUACUAGACAAUAAACCACGUCAUUACCUCCAACCUAAUCAUCUUCUUCCAUAGUAUUGUCCUCCUCCGUGUAUAUAACAGUCAUUGUCCUCCUCCGUGUAUA